CAGCGAUCUAUCGAGCAGUCUUCUCCUUCGUUAACAAUGCAGCUUAAACUCACCUUACUUGCUCUUGCCUCCUCCGUCUUUGCGUCGGUCUUGCACUCGCGCGCUGAGACUGGUAUCGCCUACUAUGGGUUCGAAAACAGUACCAUGACUGCAUGCGGCAUCUAUUCCAAUGAUACCGACUUUAUCGUUGGUUUGAGCACAGACUACGUGAACUGGGAGCAAAGGGAUAAUUGCUUCAGAAAUGUCACUGUUUCUCUGACGGACGAUCCUUCGACGUCUGUUGAGGUUAUGGUCACAGAUGCCUGCAAAGACUGUGGCGACUCGGCCAAUAUCUAUCUUUCUGUCGCUGCGUUCCAAGCCUUAGGAAAUUUGACAGUUGGCAGAUUGAACGUUACCUGGGACUUUGUUAACUGAGCAUAAGUCGUAUUGUAUGGGAAGCUGGAACAAGUACAUACCGAAAUUAUCUUUGACAACACUAGGUAGUAGUAAACGGUAGCGCUUCCUAUAAAUAAACGGUAG